UACAAAAAUACUUUCACUGUUGGGUAGCUAAUACAAGACCAUCGCAAAUUCACACAUACAGAGACACAGAGGGGGUCUUGGCGUCUUCUUUCCUCUUCAAUAAAUACACACACAUUUCCACCGACGCCAUCGUCGAACUCCCCAACUUCCCUUCUCAUCGCCGUCAAUCUGGCCGGGAUCUGACCGCCUAUUCCGCCGGAACGAUGUCUUCCGGCAGGUACAUGGCUUACUCUCCUUCUCCCUCUACCGCUCCCCACUCCCCGCACAUCGCCGGCCUCCGCUCCGCCACCUCUGCUCUUGUAGAGCAAGAGAAAUAUCUUUCUGAGUUACUGGCAGAGCGGCACAAGCUAAGUCCAUUUAUGCCUGUCCUCCCACAUAGCUACCGGUUGUUGAACCAGGAAAUAUUGCGUGUAACCACACUGUUGGGGAAUGCAUCAAUUUUAGAUCAAAGUGGGCUUGAACAUGCUAGCCCCCUCGCUUCUGGAGGAAUAUUUUCAAAUGGAGGAGCCAAUGUGAACGGAUGGGCAUCACCAUUUCAAUCAGAAAUGUCAGGUUUAUCAGCAGCACAAAACUGGCUAGGUUCUCAAGGUAGCUCAUCUGGUCUUAUUGUGAAGAGAACAAUCAGGGUGGAUAUUCCUGUUGAGAAAUUUCCUAGUUACAACUUUGUUGGGCGUCUCCUUGGUCCUAGGGGAAACUCUCUAAAGAGGAUGGAAGCAACUACUGAGUGUCGUGUUUUAAUCAGAGGUCGUGGCAGCAUCAAGGACCCGGCUAGGGAAGAAAUGAUGCGAGGAAAACCAGGCUAUGAGCAUCUGAAUGAACCUCUUCACAUACUUGUGGAAGCGGAAUUGCCAGUUGAGAUAGUGGAUGCUCGCCUGAUGCAAGCGCGUGAAAUACUCGAAGAUUUGCUAAAGCCUGUGGAUGAAUCUCAGGAUUUCUUUAAGAAGCAGCAACUGCGAGAGCUAGCAAUGCUCAAUGGCACACUUCGUGAGGAAGGCUCUCACAUGUCCGGUUCUGUGUCCCCCUUUCACAACAGCCUAGGCAUGAAGAGGGCCAAGACCAGGGGGUGAUGAACCCCACUUCAUGGUGGGCUUUUGGAGCUUGUGUGUUAGUUUCUGCCAGUAAGCAGCAGUUCCCACGCCAAAGGUGUUGCUCUGCCAGCCAAUGCCUCCAACUGCCAUCGGGGCACUGGCACCCGUAUGCGCCAGUUCUGACUUGUUUCUAUAUGAAGUGUGUUUAUCUACUAUUUGGGGGAGGUUUAGUGACAGUAUCCCAUAGUAAGGACCAUUUGAGUUCGGGGGUUUGCUUCUGUAUGUUGCUUUAGGCAGUUUGAUCACAACACUAUCUCUACAAGACUGUCCUUGUAUUAUUGUCUUUAUCUCAGGGUGACAGUUUUGAUACGGCGAUGGGGAUUUAUGUGAGAAAAUUAAGGUAUGGUUUGUAUAAAAAAAACAAAAACAAAAAAGUGAGGCCAACAACGAUCUACCCUAAUGCAUGUCGUCUGGGUUGGAGUGUUUUGUACUAUCAAGUGUAGCUCGUUCUUAGAUUUGUUAAAAGGAAUUCUUUGUCA